AUGAAUGAUAAAGAAAAUCAAGCCAGUCAACCAAUUGCUUCCGAGUUAAAAAUUUCUGGGGUUUUAAAUACUAGUGCAGAGGCUAUAGCGAAUAUACCUCGUUCUAAAACCUUUGUUCUCGCAGUGGUGCGCACUUAUCGUCGUUUGGGCCAGCCUAAUCAGAAGAAAGCCAUUACUCAACCCGAGAUUGCCAAGAUAAUUGAGGCUUUUUUGGCCGAAAUACAAGCGAGUUUGCUGGCCGGAGAAGUUAUUACUUUGAGGAAUCAUUUUAGUUUAGAAGUAGAAACUUCUCCUACUCACCGAAAGUUUAAUCCUCUCCAACCGGACCAAACAAUUAUUCGGCCUGAGUUAAAAAAAAUCAAGUUGCGACUUUCCCAGGCCUGA